AUGGCUUUUGCAGCCUUGCGCCCAACUCGCCUGCGUGCCGCUCAAGCCCUUCGACAUGACGUACCUCGACGAUACUUCACGUUUUCGUCCUACAUGGUCACUCCCAAGGAGUUGAAUGAAGCUUUAAAGAAGAAUGCUCGAUCUAAGAUAUCCACAGCUCCAAGAACAAUUCCAAUAUGUGCAGCUUGGUUCAUGCCCAAUGAUCUGCAAGGACGUACCGGGAUCGAAUGCUUCAAGAAUAAGAGGAUUCCUAUGGCACGAUUCUUCGACAUCGAUGAAGUCAAGGAUCACGACUCUCCAUACCCUCACAUGCUCCCAACAUGCGAAACUUUUGCGCAGGCGAUGGAGAAGAUGGGGAUCAGGAGAGACGACGCAUUGGUGGUUUAUGACACGGAAGAGCUGGGAUUGUUCUCUGCACCUCGAGUGGGCUGGACGCUACGAGUCUAUGGACAUCCCAAUGUUCACGUCUUGAACAACUUCCGACUCUGGUGCCAGGAGGGUCUCAGCACAGAAUCAGGCGAGCCUGAAAUCCCGGAGCCUUCGAAAUAUCCAGUGCCGAGCUACCAGACGGAUAUGGUGGUAAAGUUCGCAGAGAUGAAGACCAUCGGGUAUGAUUAUGGUAAGGAGGGGGCAGAAGAAAUACAAAUUCUGGACGCUAGAUCCAAGGGCAGGUGGGAAGGAACGGAGCCAGAACCUCGACCAGGCUUACGUUCUGGCCAUAUGCCGGGCUCUACAUCUAUGCCCUUCCAGGAUCUUCUCCAUCCUGAAACGAAAGCAUUGCUCCCAUCGAAAGAACUGAAGCAGAUCUUCCUCUCUAAACAACUUGACCCGACAAAGCCAAUCAUAGUCAGUUGUGGAACAGGUGUCACGGCUGCUGUUGUUGAGGCGGCCCUGCAGCAAGCAAAUUUCGGGAAACCAGAUGACCGCAGAUUGUAUGAUGGGAGCUGGACCUCGGGUUUCCGAGUCCAGCGGAUUGGUGCGGACAGCGAAGGCAAGACAAUGAUCAGGGAUGGCACGAUGCGCGAUUUGUAG